AUGACCCCGGACGAUGCUACAGGGCUUUUUCGGUCAGUCCCUGAGCAUGACGGUCCGCAAUGGCAGCCCUCUGGGGAGAUGCUGCCCAAUCCCUUUGGUGACUUUUUUGGUCAGUUCACCUCUACCAGUCCGGCACAACAACCAUGGGUGCUGGCACACCACACGGGCCCUCGGGCCCUGCACCACGACUCCAAACAGGCCGUGAUGGCUAUUGUUAAGGUCUACGACAUCUUCGACGUCGAGCACAUCAUGCUCGAUGCCUUGGCGAACCUCUUCGUUGAAUAUGCUCUACUGCUUGGGCCACACUGUGAAUGUCUCUUCUACAGUGCCGGGCUCUUUAUUUUGAUGGCCCUCACAGGGGUCCUCCUCUGCCAGGCCCGAUGGCAGCGCCCUUUUGCCAGCAGGAACGGAGGGGGCUCCCUUUGCCACCGCCCAGCCUGGCUACGGAUCAUAACCUGCUUUGCGGUCCUUGUCCCUGUGAAGGCCUCCCCAACAGCCGAUCACCCCUUUACGGCACAGCGGGAAGACUGGCGACGCCCCAGCGACAUUGAACUGUGGACCAGUGGGCUGCUCACCCCCUACGAACAAGUUGUUGCACAGGGGGUACGCCAGAUCUAUGACACCCACAGUGGUGGAAUCAUGCCUGAUCGACUACACCCUGGUGGACCGCCGCUUUUCCCGCCUCCACCGCCAGAGCCGCCCGAUUUGGACGACGAGGGCUUCCUCGCUGACGAGCACUUCAUCGACGAGAGGGAGACUUUCCACAUCUCCUUCUGGAUGUGCUCCCCUGGCAUCGAACCACACUCUGUGGAUGUGUCGGUACACUUCCCACAGACUAUAGACAGCAUCGUCGAGAUUGUCCUCGAAUCUACUGAUGGCCUCGGUCACGAAUGGUUAAGUGAGGCGAUCCCUAUCACCCCACAGCUGGAGGAGUUCUACGGCAGCCUUUUCCUUGUGCCGAGCUGGAUCCCUCACUCAAAUACCAAAGCCCUCGUACUUGAUGCGAGGGACAUUGACCACGGCAUCCGCCCCAUCUACCUGAGCGUGCCUGUCACACGUUUCAAUGUUCUUGGUAAGCUCGGGCUCGACCAGGAUGCAGCCUUCCAUGUAUUUGUGGCUGGCUCAGCGCGACCCCUUGGGCCAGAGGAUACCAUUGCACCGGCACAAGGCAGCCUCAUCAAGGUGAUGCGGCCCGACACACAACCCGAUUGGGUAGAUGAACUACGGGACCGCCUCCAUGACCCACUCCUGUGGGACCCGGACAUUGGCCAUCCUGACUCUGCUGCAGGGAGACACGUCGAGCUGCAGACCUACAAUGCUGUCUGGCAUCAUCGCACUGGCCCCACUGACAGGCGACCACCUCUCGAAGUUGCCUGCGAAGCCUUCCAUCUCGAACAGCAGCACACUUGGGUCAGAGCUCCAACGGAGCGCCCCCGAGCCCUCUACUGCGACGAGAAGCGCAUCCACUCCGUUGUCGCGGUCGUCGACCAGAGAACCACACCGAGGCAGACGCAUGGUAUCGUCUUCCUCGACCUCAGACCGAUCGGGCGAUGGGUGCAGUGGACAGCAGUCAAUGGGGGGCUCUUCAGGGCAGCGGCCUACGUUGCUGCACUCCAGGUCGACGUCGUCGAAAAUUUCACAAUCGUCGUCAAGGGCGGCCGAACGAAAGGACGCCACGGUGUCAUCGAGGUCGAGGACGGUGAAGUUCUUGAGGUUGUCCUUGUCCCGACCACCUCUCUUUCCUCCUCCGAGUCCUCUACCAGCGAGGCCAAUGAUGACGAGGACGAUCCUGAUGAUGAGCACAGUGGCAAUGACAACAUGCCCAGCUCCUCAGAACUCUCACCACCGGGCAGCCCCCCACAAGGACCCGGCCCCUUUGGCCCACCACCGCCACAGCCGGUCAACCGCCCGAGAAGCCGCAGCCCCCGUGGACGUGACAGAGCUCUUCCUGCGCAUCCUGUUGAAGCCAGGACGCAUUACGACAGCCCCACGGCCACCGACCUCGCUUCUUCCGAAGGUCCUAUUACUGUUCGACUUGCUGAACAUGUUGAAGCACCGUCUUUCAGCCUCCUCUCACAGACAGUCACCCUGCCACAUGACCCAACCACAGGUCACAAGCUGACCUGCCCAUGGCCCCUGGACUGGCUGCAGUUCGAGGUCGAGAACUUCGACUUCAAGGAGGUCACCAAGGAGGCCAUCAGUGACCUCAAGAACUGGAAGGAAAUACUCACUGGCCUGGGCCCGCAUAACCUCCCAUCGCUUCACAUAUAUGUUGAUGGAUCGUGGGACCCAAGCACUGGUCUCGGAGGCUUUGCCAUUGCAAUCUUCAUUGCACACCAUGACGAAUGGGCUCUCUUUGGUUUAUGCGGCGAUCGUACCCACGGACACACCACUGGCUCGGUUUGGGAAGUACAGGGACCUCCCCCUCUCGUCAAUGAGCAGAUUGCCAUCACCACAGCCCUCUUGUGGCUGGCACAGACUUGGCCCUACCUUGACCACCGAGCCGCCACGAUCUACUUUGACUGCCAGGCGGCAGGCUUCGCGGUACAGGGCCGCUCCAACCUCACCUCCGGAUUGAUGGUAGCGGCACGGGGGCUGCACCACUUCGUCUCGGCCAUCUUCGGCAAGGAGCCCUCCUACGAACAUGUACAUGCUCAUAAAGGUGAGGCUUUCAACGAGCUCGUCGAUGUGGCAGCCAAGACUGUCGCACGGCAAGGCCAUGGUUUGCCACCUCCACCGGAUGAUGUAUGCAGGAUGGUGCAGAACAGUGACCUCAGCUGGCUGGCAGCAACCGUUGACCCCAAGCUCCACCGGGUGCUGCCGGUCAACACUACUUCCUUCACGUGGACACCACCAGAAGAUUUCGGCCCUUCCCCGCUCACAACAAGUGAGCUCAUCCCCACGAGGCCGGGGAACGAUGCUGAGACUAGCGAGGAACGCACUGCUACGGCCAAACUCCUCACGCUGAACUCCCUCGGCACCAAAAACAAAUCUCGUUUCUUCGAGGACCAGCUCGACCACCUCGAGGUUAACAUUGCCUUCUUGCAGGAGACCAAGGCGACAGAGGGUGUCUGUCAAUCGUCCCGAUUUCUCCGGUUGUCGUCGGCUUCGGCAACACACUGGGGAGUGGCUGUCUGGUUUAGCAGAACUCGUGGGGCCCUCUCCUUCGGCCGAUCACCCUGGAAGAUCGAGCUCACGGACAUCCGCACGCUGGUUAGCACACCACGACUGCUUGUCCUACUUAUUUCCAAGGACAACUACAAGUUAGUUGUCAUUUCCGGCCAUUGCCCCCAUGACACCAAGUUUGAGGAGGCGGUCUCCUUUAUGGACACCCUGCACACGGCGGUCGCACCCCACAGACAAGCCCAACUUAUCCUCGCUGGUUUCGACUUGAAUGGCAGACCUCCCACGGGAGCUCUUGGAGUCACUGGCCCUCUUGCAUGCGGGGAACCUGACCGUAUUGGGCACAUUGCAGUCUCCACGUUCGAGUCCCUGGGGAUGUGGUUUCCUACCACGUUUCCAGAGCUCCACGUUGGUCCCUCAGAGACGUGGACACAUCCACAAGGAACUCAACACCGCAUUGACUUCCCCACCCUCGGCGGCACAGCUCAAAUUACCGACGUGCUCACUGCGGUGUGCACGAAUUUCGACAGUGGUUGCGAACGAGAAGACCAUUGGCCAGUAUUUCUUGACUUCUCCUGUUCUCUUCACCGGCAUCGGCCUCGCGCGGCUCUACGCCGCCCAAAAUUCGACCUCGCGAAGCUCAUGACCCCGGAAGGUCGACGCACCAUGGAGGAGGAAAUGAACAAAUUUGUCCAUCCGGACUGGUCGUGCCACCCGGACACCCACUGCCAAAAGGUACAAGACCACCUCCUCAGCAUCAUGCAGAGACACUUCCCCCUCCCGGAGAACCGGCCGCGGGCGAGCUUCAUCACUCAGGACACUUGGCGACUCCGCGACCACAAGCUCAGCCUGAAGCGAAGGGUUCGCCACCGCAGGCAGCUCUGGAAGGACCUUCUGCUGCGCGCUUUCUCUCAAUGGCGCGAUGACGUCGAUUACAUGGUGACCCAAGUCGCCCACCUGGGGCGAUACUUCGACAAGCUAAGGCGGCCGGUGCCGGAGGAGCCAAGGCUCGCCCAGUCUCCCGGCCCCUGCCACAGCCGAGCUGAGCAGGACGCCCUUUGGGCUGGACACUUUGGGGAGCAGGAACUCGGCACCCGGAUGAACACGGAUGCCUUCCUCCUACAGACACAGUGCCCACCCUUCCAGGACGUCGAGCUCAACUGGAACAUUGCUGACGUCCCCUCACUGAUCGAAGUGGAGCAGGCGAUCAGGCUUAUUCCCUGUAACAAGUCCCCGGGUCUUGACAAUGUCCGUGGAGAAAUGCUCCGAGCCGCCCCGGCAGCGACGGCCAAAAUCCUAUGGCCACUCUUCGCCAAAGCAACGGCUCAGAUCUGCCAGCCCAUUCAGUGGCGUGGCGGCCUUCUUCACGAGGCAUACAAGCGGAGUGGCUCCAGCUCCGACCCACAAUCCUUUCGCUCCCUCUUCGUGUCAUCCACGGUCGGCAAAUGCUUUCACAAGAUGUUCCGCACUCGCUCCCAGCACGACCUUGAGGGAGCUUUCCACAGUUUCCAGCUCGGAGCUCGGCGACAUUGCCCGGUCACCUUACCGGCACUAUACAUCCUGGGCCACGCCAGACGUGGAAGAACAUCGAGGAAUUCCACCGCGAUGCUCUACCUCGAUACCGAGGCGGCAUACUACCGCAUUAUCCGGCAACUCGCGUUUGGAGACAUCACCCAGGAUGACUCGAUCAUCCGUGUCUUCCAGCACUUCGACCUCGACCCGUCCGAUUACCACGAGAUGGCCCAACAGACCGUGUCUGGAGGCAUGGCUGCGGAAACUUCUCUACCGGCCACGACCCGCCACAACAUCAAGGACUUCCACAACAGGGCCUGGUUCAUCACAGCCUACGCAGACGGAUCCCAAGUCACGCAAACUGCCGCUGGAUCUCGACCCGGCGAAAGCUGGGCCGACAUUGUGUUCGGAUGCGAGAUUACUGUCGCUGACGCCACAUGGGCCGACGACAGUGCUUGGCCACUGUCCGACCACGAUCCAGAGGCCCUGCUCCGGAAGACCGUGCGCCUUUGCACCAUCGUCAUCCAGUUCUGUUGGCAACACGGCCUUCGGCCGAACCUCAAACCUGGAAAGUCGGCCAUCAUGCUCAAGCUCCGUGGCAAAGGUUCGCACCGGGUCAGAACCAAGUACUUCCCUCGUCAAGGUCAACAGCUUGAUCUCCCCGAUCUUGGGGUGACGGUGCCGAUCUCCAACCAGUACAAGCACUUGGGUGGUGUUGUCGACGGCGAGCCCAAGAUGACGAUCGAAGCACGACGACGCACAGCCAUAGCUGGCGCCUAUGAUUCUGGCAAAAAGCUUUUCUUUGCGAAUCCACGACUUGAGCUCACCACCAGGAUCGCGCUUUUCCAGGCGACCAUAGACCCGGUCUACUUCAAUUUGGGGUUGUGGACCGACGACGGCCCCUCGUGGACCAUACUGAGCAAUGGCUAUACACGGCUGCUACGACGCCUUCUCGUACGACAGUGGGGUGGGGAUGCCGCUUUCCACAUCCCGAUGAGCAGAGCUGGUUCCAGGCUGUACAACAGGACCUACGGUGGCUUGUCGCGGGCAGUCAGGAGCCCAGGCACUGGCCACGAUGCGAUGAAGCUGGUCAAGCGGCGAGUUAAGGAGGGCACCCGUGACUACUGCGCCCACCACAGGCUUGCCCUCACCCUCUGGGCCAUCUACCGUCAGACCCUCGCGAGAUCCAAGCCUGCCGAGCUCUCUCCCGACCCCUGGAUCUGUCGGAUCUGUGUCCGUGGUUUCAAGAGCAGGGCUGGGCUCGGUGCCCAUUUCUUCAAGGCACACCAGAGAGUCGCUGGCCACCGAGGCCUCACAGAUGGGACGAUCUGCCCUGCGUGCGGCAAGGACUACCACAGCGAGAACCGACUGCAUGUCCACCUCAGAGACGCCCCUCACUGCGCGGAUACGCUUCGUGCUGCUGGCCACAGGGCCAAGUCAGUGAGGCCAGGCAUUGGCAGCCGACAUUGGCGCAAGGCUGCCCAGGAGAUGGCACACUUUGACCUCUCCUGUGCCCUGCUUUGCAAGGACCUACCCAAUGAAGAGGGCAAGGUCGUUGAAAUCCUCGAGGGCAUCCUCCACUCGUGGCCCCUCUACCAAGACGAGAUCGCCCACAUCGUGCACAAGGUCCUGGGGGAAAUUGACGAGGUCAUCCACGAGCUGCGAGAGGAGUACUGGUCUGAAGGAACCUACGACGUCGUCACCAAGGCCCUGCUCAGGAUCCUCAUACCACCCACAGACCUCCCACCUCGGGAGGAGACAGGUGAAGACCGAGCGGAUCAUUACGCGACUUUCGCUGACCGUCUCGAGGACUUCAACUGGGACGAAGUGAUCCCCAAUCGGGCUGAACACGUGACCCCAGACUAUCCCUGCUUUGAACUGUCUGACGCUUGGGAAGCUGAGUGGAGCGCACACAGUAGCAGAAUAGAUGCCUCAGCCGUGGAAGCUAGAUUGUGGACCUUCCUGCCCGACAUCCUGCAAGCAACCUGGCUUGCAGCAGUACAGGGGCGCUACAAAGCGCCGGUUGCAAUCAAUUAA